AUGAAAAUCUCCAUAGCAGCUCCUGUCCUCCCCUUCAUGACCGGCGUCACCGCUGACUCCGCGCCUGACGGCGCCCUCCUCGCCCAGCGCGAGAUCUACCCCGCCUGCGCGCCAUGCAACAACGGGCGCGAGCCUCCUUCCCCUAUCGAAGCGAACUGGAGCGGGUACGCUCUUUGCUGCAACAACUUUGGACCCAACCCUCCUCUGUACACUGGCUGUUGCGUUUGA